UCACGUAACCAUUUAUGGGCUUUCUGUCGGGAGUGAGGCCACAUUUUGGGGGCUUUGCACGCUUUUUGAAGGAAGGGAAAUGAAAUGGACCAAAAAUUCAGCUUUCUCUUCACUUUUUUCCGAAAAUAACAAAAAGUUGUCCCCCAAAGGGAUAUGGCCCUCCUCCACACGCCCUUGAGAAAAUUAUUUCUUACAUUCCAUUUAAUCAAAUGUAAAGGACUGAAAUUGUUCCGAUUCAAUGACAUUUGUAGAACCAGACGAUUGCAGCCUCGAUUGUGUGUACGGUUACAUCUGAAAAACAGGAUGAAAUCAAAAAAAAAGCGUUCUGGAAGUAUUUCUACAACACCUGUGAGAAAAUCGCGCAACAUGCCAGAUCAAGACAACCGUGAGCCUAUCGAGAUAAAUGGAUCGACGGUGACUUUUGCACCGUCAGUUGAAACAGAAAGUGAAAUAAUAAUUUCGCAAGAGUUCGAACGUAAAGAAAUGGACGAAUUCAAGUUGGUGUUAAAAGCCCCGGCGUCUGAGUCUGACGUCACGUGGUGGAAGGAUGACAAAGAGAUCUCUUCUGAGUGCAUCGACGACACAGACCUGAAUGAGCGAACCAUGACCAUCCCAAACGUAGAGAUAGACGAUAGUGGAGUGUACCGAGUGAAAGGUCCGAACUUCGACCUGAAACUUAUCCUCAUAGUGACACGAGAAUCAAAGUUCAUCAAUCAGCCACCUCGUUUUAUCGAAAAGAUUGAAAAUCAAGAAUGCAGUCUGCCGUACAACUUCUCGCAGAAACUUUGGAAAAUGGAAUUUUUUAAGGGAGAACAGCUGGAACCUUCUGGGCGCGUCGUUAUAACCAAAUCGGGAGGAAUAAAGAAACUGGUUAUUCACAGACUCGAGGAAUCUGAUUCUGGAGAAUACCAUGCCGUUUGUGGGGAGGUCCCGUCUCGGCCGACGAAGAUUGUGGUUAAAAAGAGACCGUUAUCUGCUGAGGACCCUCACGGUAGAGGACAGGGAUCUUCUGAGCAUCCAGAUGUUAAAGAGUUUCUGAGUGAUGAUUACCUCCUGAAAUUAUCGAAGGAAAUAGGCGCAAAGGAAAGAGAACCCUUGGGCACCCAUCUGAGAAUUAAAGAACUGACUAAUUAUGAAACAUCCCAUCCUAGGAACCUGCAGGGACAGGUUUUCGCCAUGCUUAAGGACUGGAAAUGUGAUACAAUGACUGAUACAAAGAGCGGUGAGAAACAAGUAAGGUUCCUCGGUGAUUGCUUAGCUAAAAUACGACGCGCGGAUUUGAAAUCGACAUUACUCAAAGAUCACAAGUUAGUCGAAAUCAAAAAGUAAAUAAACAGGUAGCAUGACGGCAUGCUACCGUUUCAACUUUUGAGGACCAGAUUGUCACAUAUCCAUAGGAUUUCUAAGACAAAGAAGCUGACAAUUUUAAUUGGUUAUUCAAAAGUCACUUGUCUGGGUUUCCUUUGCGUGGAUCCACACCAGACGGUAUUGCCAUGAAAUGCUUCAGUUGUACCGUGAAACAGUACUGUGUGUCACUUGCGAUUUUCCCUCCACGACUUUUUAGCGAUUUUGAAAUUAUAUACAAUCGUAACUCAACAGGCUAGACUUGAGUUAAGAUCUUUAGAUUAUUAUAUGGAUAAAAUGACACGAGUUCUCAUAUUUUGAAAAGCACAUUAGCCCUUCUGAUGCUAUGCUGGGUAAGUUCCAUAUUUCAAAACUGCGCAUUAAUGCUACGUUUACUUCACUUAAAAACAGAUCUCGUUUUAUUUGAGUUCUUUCUUGUAAUAAAACCUGUGUAUUUGCAGUAUUCUACAGGCACUGCAGAAAGAAGCCCUUUCAAAACCAAGAGGGAAAAAUAAAAAUCAAAGAUAUAGUUGUCAAUUUUAGAGGUUGUGAAACCCUGGAAAUACAUCCCUGAGAAAGCCGCUGGCGGUUAGGGAAUGAAAGCCCAACUAUGUAUCGACUCCAACUUCGAUUCGAACGUGGGCUACGAAAAUCAAGGGCAAGGACAGUAAGUAACUCGCCAGUCUGACAUCCAUGCAUUUCACUGCAGGAAUAAAUCUUAUACAAACACUGACAUAGUAUUAGAAGAUUAUCCUCUUCUGGCCUUUAUUGUGCAUUUAUCACUCGUUGUCACACAAGAAUCUUUGCCCGACCCACGCUUGUCCCGGGGACAUGCGUUAUUAAAGACUGGAGCCUUUUUGUGUGUCCAGGUUUUACCUUGAGUUCUCUUAGUUUAUUUGGGCAAAUUGUGCAAUUUGAAAAGUUAAUGGAAAUUUAUUGUCAGAGUGCAGAAAUUUCUGGAAAGUGUGAGAAACCUAAUCAAAUGUCAUCACCAAGCAUCCACCUGUAGAACACCUGAUUUAUCAGCGUAAUUGCACAUUUUUUUUAAAACACUUUAGCCACUUGGAGUGUUUUUUUACCAUGCAUCAUGAUCAAAUCACAUCGUUUCUUUGUCCUUUAUAUCAGUGUAACCUUGUCUAAUUUCUUUGAUGCCGCUGAGAAAUAUUGGGCUUUUUGAGAAAUAUACAUUCACUGAUUCCGGAUCGUAAGAAUAUUAUUUUGCCUGAUAUUUCAAUCCUGCAGCAGAGGAUAUUAUUAUUCAGCUUUGAUCGAUAUGCAGACUUAAAGUCCAGUCGCAGUGUAGAUUUGUGUAUUCGAAUCAGCAAGAGGACUGCAGCUGUUGGGUUGUAUUAUAUAUUGAAAAUUGUAUGUAGGCUCUAUACAAGUGCAAAGUUGAAACAAAAGACGCUGGACUAAAUUCCAAAGACGUCGGUUUACGUCCAGUGUGGCGGAAUUUUAUUAGUUAAUGUUUAUGCUUUUAAGACUUGUUUUAAACACAUCUGCGUGUUUUAUUGAUCAGGCAUCUAGUUACCCUUUUACAGACCAACGGUGAUGAUUGUUUACGGAUAAUGAUGUGCCCCUGGCUGGCUUAUGUAGAUAGGGAUUGAUUGGUUAUAUGUCGUUUGUAGAUGUCCAGUCAUUCCAGCGGCUUGCUUGUAAGGAUUGUCCAAAUUCUAUUCAAUUUGAGCCGAAGGUAGAGUGAAAGCACUUGUUAUAUACUGCUCAGAUAAGUUCAGUCGUUAAUAGCUGUUAAUGUAGUACUGUCAUUGUAUUUACCCAUGUUAUAAAUGUGACCCUUCAUAAAAAGUUCGCUUUUCGCUUCUAUCGGGCUGGAAUCACCUCACAAUAACCAUCUUAAAUGAAAAGCAGCAACAGACAUUCCGCUCAGUUAAUUGCAGCUGUUGUUACGUUAGCAGGGGUGCAGGCAAGGACGCGGUACUAUAAAUAUUGCAGUGUUACUAAUAAUACGCGUUACCGUCAUAGUUUCAUUUUUAUUUCUUUGAUGUAAAAUAAGAAGUCGUUUGCAAACGAAUGGAAAAAUUGAACUGACUUUGAACGUUUAAAAACCUGCGAAUAUCUCGAAGAAUAUUGUACCCCCUACCAGUAAUAUACAUUACAUUAUAUAGAACUAAAUAUUUUUAUAUACUAUCUACAUAAUUAUAUUUAUAAAUUCCUUCAUAAACGUAAAUUUGUGGUGGGAACUGGGGGGAUGAAUUACCCAGCUGUGGAAAUAUAAAAAGGGGGAGAGAUGCUGACACCACAUAACACUACGGGAGAUGUUUAUGAUACUGAUGUACAUCUGCGCUCCCGCAGAGCCUAACAUUUGAACAGUGUCUUUAUGGAUAUUUUUAAUAGACCUAAAACACAAUGAUGUCGCACAAGGUUUACCGUGGUGCAUUAUGGGUGAAAGGUGGGGACGACACAACGCGCGCUCCCUCUACAACAUCAUGCGCAUUGAAAAUUGUCCAAAAGAUCCCGAGGUCGAGAAGGCUAUGUUCCAAAAUGGUUCACGUUAACUGUUUUAUGCCAUAAACACGCGAACCCCAUAGCUGCAUUUUUCAAGCUUCCACAAGGCCGCAAGUUUGUUCCGUCUGAACUGAUCGCGCGCUGAGGCUCGCACGACUGACGAUUGUGUCCGCCAUCUCUGAUUUCUUAGACUGGUUCUUGUUCCGUGCGUAGUCUUCAGACGGAGAUAUUGAUUUCCAUUAUAAUAGAGAUUAAUGAACGGGGACCAGUCCAUGAUUCCACCCCACUUCUUACCCAGUGGACAGCGGUAAAUAUUGCGAGAUGUCAUUUUGUCCUUUUUCUUUUUGAGCGCCAUAUUGACUACCUCUGAUUACUGGGAAAACCAGUUUUUUUUUUCUCAUCACAAAAACGGGGGUGGGUGAAUCAAUAGCCCACCCCCCACAAGACCUGGGGGAUAUAUACCCGCCCCUCCGCCCAGAGUUCUCAUGUAUUUUAAAGAUACACUGGUACUGUGUGCCUCAGGUUUACCGAGGAAAACUUGAAGGACAAGAUACAGAGAACAGUUUCAGUUAUAGAGUCAGGGAAUGGCUCUGGGGGGGGUUAGGUAUGUAAGCCAGGGUCACUGAGGUGGAAAUUGAGAAAAAGAGCAAUUGUGCCAAACGGAGCCCCCCAACAUCAUGUCGAAUAAGCCCGAUGCCACAUUCGCUUUGGAGCCCUCCCCCCCCCACACCAAAAGCAGAAUACACCGCUGCUCAGGGAAAAUGCAAUCAGGUGGUCCUUUGACGUUUUGAUUGGACUGUACGAACUGAGACAAAAACGUAUAUGCAAAAUCUUCACAAAUUAAUCGAAUUUGAAAAAAGAUGUGAUAUUGUCCCAUUUCAACAAAUUUAAGUCGACGACUCUUUGAAACCAGAACCCGAACAUUUGAAAGGAUUUUAUUCUAUUUUGUGUACAUGCAACAGCGCGGCUGCCAAUUCAGGUAAAGGAUGAUUAUAAACGACAAUUCAUUCAGUUUUAGAGUUGGCAGGAAAACUCCGAAAUGUCAUUCCCGGGAAAGCCCACUGAAUGAAUGAGGUUGGGAGUGAAAACUUAAUCAUCACAUGCUUACCUAGAGGGAAUUGGGAACCUCGGCUAGAAAUACUAUAUACCAGAAAAUACCGAAAAACACAAAAAAUGCCAGAAAACACGGGGGAAAACGCGAACAAAGGCAAGACCAUCGCACAAUUUACUAAGCAGUUUAAAAAUCGAGGCAGGGAGGCAAGGUUCGCCAGAUCGUCGAAGAAAACCAAUUUUGUUCGAGAUUUUUUUUUAAGCAACAACAUUGCCAUCUCAAAUAAAUAACACAAGGAAGUACUCACUUCAGCACUUAAUCGAGACAAUUCAUCCUUUUUAAAACCACUUGUAGAAAUAAUUUUAUAUUGUGUUAUACUAAACUUCCUUGGCAUGGGUCCAUACUAAAAGACAAUGCCAUUAAAGGCUGCAAUAUUACUAGCAAUGUGUGUUACUGUAACAUGCAAAUUUGAUCAGGUGAUGGACAACAGGUUGGUUGAAAAUACUUUUCAAAAACUUGUGUUGCCUUUGGAACUUUUAUGAACUUGUGUGCCUUUUGAAAGACAUUUUACAUAUUUUAAAUAAAUUUAAAUUCUCAAAGUGUAAUUUUUAAAGAAAAUUCUCCUUUUUGAAAUUAUGCUAGUGGAAUUCCAUAUUUCGUAAAUUUGUUAUAUACUGUGUAUUUUAAAGAUUUCUUUUAUGUGCAUUCUUUCUGGUAAUGAAACCAAUAGUUCUUCUAGAAAUCAAGGACACUAUAUAUCUUAAAGGCUUUUUAAAGAAACCUAAAGAGAGAAAUAAGGACUAGCACCAACUUGAAUCCCAUUUGCUGUGAAGAAGAUAUUACCAUUAAUUUUAAAUGUAUAUAUUGAAAACUGUUCCACAUUAUGCUGCUUUUCCGAUUAAUUCUUACGUGUGUAAUAAUGCAAAAGAUAUGUUUCUAAUUAGAUCUGAUAUAUAUAUUUUUUUCUAAUUUCAAUAAGAGUAUUUGAGUUAUAGAAAUGUACAUACAUGUACUUACGAAAUCCUUUUGCUUAUAUUUUCUGCAUACAGGUACUAUGAGAAUCUGGAAAAAAUAUACAUUUACAAGUCAAAGACUUGUCUACCUUUUGUGAUAUUUUACUUUUCUAUAUAGUUUUCAAAAUAUUUAAAGUUGCUGAAUGUCAACAAUUGUUACUAUGUUGUCAACUUCAUACAGUAUGGCCUAUGAAGAAGCUAAGUGCAAGUUUGAAUUGUUUUUUUUUUUUUUAAUUUAUUUUUAUCUUUGAAUAAUUUUAAAAGAACCAAUCAUUGCAUCAUAUCUGGAGACUUUCUGGAAAAAGUGAUUUUCUUGAAGAUUUCACAGUCAGUAGUUUUACCUUCAUGAGCGGGAAAGUCCAUUUUAUGGCACAAGUACUUCAUAUGUGAAUAUGUCCUUGAAACAUGUAUCACUUUGUACUUUAGAGUUGCUAACCAUGUCAGGUACAUUCCAAUCUCUAAUCUAGACACCAUCCAUCAAUGUUGAUCUGGUAUUACUAUGUAAAACGGCACAGGUCAUUUUAAUGGGUGAAGAAUUUUAAAAAAUGGCGUCUGAAUUCCACAUA